AUGGAACAUGUAUCCCUCCCGGAAUACCACAGCACAAUAUCGGCUCGUCCAGGAUACAACCGCGCAAUCGGUUCAAACGUCUCCUUCACUCCAUUCGGAUCAAUGUAUCCUCAUGCAACGAUUUUAGCGUCUGGAGGUGGACGAAUUCUGAAGACGGUAACAGAGAUCGGUUCAUCGUCGAUUCAUAGCAGCGGUCUUUCACCGUUCGGUCAGAAUGCCGCUUCUACGAUUCGCGACACGCGUGAACGUGAAAAGAAGGAAAUGAGCGAUUUGAAUGACAGACUUGCUUCAUACAUCGAAAAGGUGCGCUUCUUGGAAGCUCAAAACCGUAAGCUCGCAGCAGACCUGGAUUUACUCCGCGGACGUUGGGGCAAAGACACAAUGAGCGUCAGAACGAUGUACGAAGGAGAAUUACAGGUGUGUCGCAAUAAAGCGUCCGAGUAUGAUGCAUAUCGUAAUAUCAGCAUGUAA